AUGGACGAGGGAGAAAGCCAGCUUAAUAUAAAGAAAGAGAUUUAUCUUGAAAAAAAUUGUACCAAAAUUGCUAUUAACUUACUGAAUGUGCUAGAAAAUCUAUUCUUCUCAAUGAAGAUACCCCCAGAGAUUGUAUCAAAGUACAAUAUAUUAAAAGAAAGUGCAUAUAAAGAGAUGGAUUUGCCAUUUUCUCCCAUUAAUGAGUCAAUAUAUGCUCAUAAGACCGAACCAGGAGGGCUUUCAUCAGGUAGAUCAAGAGGAAAGGAAUCAGAUGAAGGAAGCUUCAAGUCAAUAGACUCUGCUCUCACUUAUCUUCCUCUGUUAAAAUAAUAUCACUUCUAUGAGCGAGCUAGUUGUGGAGAGUUUACUUGAAAAGCUAUUAAACUUUGAGAAAUUUUGUAAAAAUCAGGAUUCAUUUACUCACGAGCCCAGAUCCAUUAGAGACCUUGACUAUGUCAAGCAGAACAUCCUUAGCGACAUUAAGAAAAUAGAUCUCCAAAGGCUGAAAAGUCUGAGGUAUUCAGAGAAAAGUACAGGCAAAGAAGAGAAUUUCUCUCUCACAAUUUCACAAUUCAUGUAUAAAAUUGAUAAUUUAGCUCAAAAAUUUGAAAAUUCUUUAUUUAAGGUUCAAAAGCAUUUCAACGAAUUGCCAUCAGCUCCUCCACUAUCAGAAGGUUAUGCUAAGAAUCCUCAUAUUGAGAGCUACAAAGAGCUUUCUGCACAAAAUAAGCUGCUUGAGGACAAGAUCAAGUCAUAUGAGUACGGCAAUUAUGAAGUAAAAAGUUUGGAAAAACAAAUUCUUAAUUUGAAAGAUAUACACUCUACUGAGAUAAAACAUAUGCAGACCAGUCACGAUAAGAUCAUUUAUGAGCUCAAAGAAAUCCAUAAGCAAAAGGAAGGAAGACUACAGGAGAGAAUCGACCUCUUGAGUAAAACAUACGAUACUGGAAAAGAUCUCUACAUUGUUAGAGACCUCCAAGGAGCGCUUGAUAAAAUCAGAGCAAUCACUAAACCUAUUUAUUCAAGUAAAAUCAGAAAUUUUCCAGAUUUUGAGCAACUCCAGAAUGAAAGACUAGAAGUCGUUUAUGCAGAUUUUGUAGUCUUCCUUGCGAAGCAAGCAAUAGGGUUCUUAGAUAAGCUAGAAGAUCCUCAUUACGAUGUUGAACAAAAGUAUCAAAACUUUGAGAAUCAAGAAGAUAAUAAAGAUUUAAAUUUAUCUCAUAAAUUUGCAAGGGAAAGCUCAUAUCCAUCAGUAACUAACCUUCAUAGUCAAAAUGAUCAGAACCAUUUUCAGAACUCUCCCAAAAAGACUGUUGAAGAAAAUACUGCAGAGGAAGCCAUGUCAGUUGUAGAUAUUGAUAUUGAGAAAGCUUUAAAAAUUCAACAGGAAUUUCAAAGACAGCAUGGACUUCUAUCAGAGCAUCUUGAUUCUUUUAGUAGAAAAUCUGAUAUACAAGAGAAGGAGAACUCUCCAAUUAACCCAUAUCACCAACAGAGGCUAAAUCAUCAUCCUGGAACUAUAUCUGUGCCUAAUUUUGCCCCAGCUCCUUUCUCUCAAAGAGAUGCUGAUGAAACUUCUCCUGUGACUUACCGUCACAACGAACAAGCUGAAAAUGUAGGGGCUUUUUCCAAAAUGGAUGAGGUGGUCCGCUCACAAAGAAACCUUGCUAGAGACAAGGAAAGAUAUGUGACUCUUUCACAAGACAAUUCCUUAGAAAGAAUGUCACAUGAGCCUAUAGGUAAGUUUCUCCUCGCAUUACAGGCCCUAAGCCAACAAGUGAGCAGUUCAAUUGAAGUCAGAACAUAAAGUCUUUGCAGAUGAGUGCGAAGCUAACAUCAGGGGACACUACUAAUUUCAAGGAGAAAUUCAGCCACUUCU